UACACGACAGUCACACGCAGUCAGUACAUGUGGAGGGAGGGAAAGUGUCUCUGUUUACUUUAGUAAUCGGCGUCUAAUUAUCGUCCAUUUCAAUUAGGAGACAAAAUAUAGAUUAUCAUUUCCAAAACAUUGGCCAACGGGAGGUCCAGGUUUCCAUAACGAGCUCACCAACGCCAACUCUUCAGGAGCCAACUGUUUUGCUGCUCAGUUGGAGGUAACUACAGCUGCGCUGGAGCUAAAGCGCUAACUGGAAAUGGCGACGGCUAUAUAUUUAGAGCAUUAUCUUGACAGUAUAGAGAACCUACCAUGUGAGCUACAAAGAAAUUUCACUUUAAUGCGGGAUCUGGACAAUAGAACUGAAGAAAAGAAAGGAGAAAUAGACAAACUGGCUGAAGAGUACAUCGCAAAUGUGAAGAACUUGGCCUCAGAACAAAGGGUGGAACAUCUGCAGAAGAUCCAGAAUGCCUACAGCAAGUGUAAAGAGUUCAGUGAUGACAAAGUCCAACUAGCUAUGCAGACCUAUGAAAUGGUUGACAAACAUAUUCGUAGACUGGAUGCAGAUCUUGCAAGGUUUGAGAAUGAGCUAAAGGAAAAACUGGAAGUGAGUGGCUAUGAAAGUACAGAAGGUAGAGCAUUAAAAAAGAACGAGUCGCGAGGAUUGAAAGAUAAACGUGGAUCCAGAGGAAGAGGAAGAAAAACAUCUGAUGAAGAUUCUCCCAGGAAGAAAAAGAUGAAAAACAGCCCAGGCUUGAGUGACACUCUCCUGCCUAUGCAGCCCUCCGAUGUGUUGGACAUGCCAGUCGAUCCCAAUGAGCCUACAUACUGCCUAUGUCAUCAGGUUUCGUAUGGGGAGAUGAUUGGAUGUGAUAACCCAGAUUGUCCAAUUGAAUGGUUUCAUUUUGCUUGUGUGGAUCUGACCACUAAGCCCAAAGGAAAAUGGUUUUGUCCCCGAUGUACGCAAGACAAGAAGAGAAAAUGAGAUAGACCUUUUUUGGAAAUGCUUGUUGUAAAUUGUUAGUUCAAUAAUCUAAUAUAUGUUUUAACACUCCCCAUAGAAAUGGUGAGUUGGACAUUUUCACCAAAAGCCUAAUCCAGAUUUAGAGUAUAGCUCCUCAUCUGCAGCAUUCUUCCACCUCUACUCAAUUCACUUUGUUUUAGAUUAUCACUUAGUUUUCCACAAGCUACCAAAUAAUUUACCUAAAGUAUAUAAUAUUUGUGUACUCUAGGUUAUUUUGUCAAGAAGUAUAGUUGCACCUUAGUAUGUUCUUCACAUGUAUAUGCUAACAUGCUCAGAAAUCAUGGAUUUUGGCUUUAGCUUACUUGAAAUUUUAGUUUUAUAAAGAACUAUUUUAGAUAAAUUAACAGCCUGCUGAUAAGAGUUUUAAAUACAGACAUCCAUUCAAGUAAUGGUGGAUAUAAUACAUUAUAUGUCAGAUUUUCAGUUUCUACCUCCAUAGGGAAUAGGUCGUCACUGCAUAUGACUGCAAUUAUUACUGAUAUUAGAAAUCUGUUUUUGAUUAGCUUUGACCAAAACAUCAUGUAGACAAAUUUGUUACUGUUUUUAAUGUAUUUUGGUACUAAGUGUCAGUCAAGGCAAUUUGUCCCUGUGUUUCUUUAACUAAAUGAGGUAUUUAAGCACUUUGAAUUAAAUUCUCCCCUUAAGAUAUUUGAUACUGCAGGCUUGGUUCUACUUUGAAAACCUUGUCACAGUACAGUAAUACAGUACGUUCAAAGCAUAUUAGAAAAUAUAUGGAGUGUAUUUUAUAUUAUAUGAGACUAUAUUUUGUGUAAACAAUUUUAUUUCCAAAGAUAUAUUUGUUAUUGUUUUUUCUUGAACAGACAAAUUUUAUUUCACCAGAUUUUAUUGUCCAUCAUUCUGAACUGUGAAUAUCACAUUUAUGUGGCAGCAACAAAUAAAAACAGCCAAAGUCUUUUGUAAACACAGUAUUUUAUACCAAAUAAAUAUUUACCUUAA